AUGGACGACAUGUAUUUAGAUGUUACGGGCGGAUACACCGACGAUUGCAGAAUAACUCAAAUUGAAUAUCAUUCUUUUUUACCUUAUUCUACGUCAGCUCUCUCCAAUAACGAUGAAGUGCGUAUCGCACUACAUAACACAGAAUCUUAUACUUUACCAUGUGAGAGUUAUAUUUACAUCGAAGGAACAAUAAUCAAACCUGCAGAUAUUACUGAUGACAUCCGAUUUAUAAACAACGGGCUGGCGUUUCUUUUCUCCGAAAUGAAAUAUGAGAUAAACGGCAUUCAAAUUCAAAAACUCGCUAAUCCAGAUUACAAACGUAUUUUAAUAAAUUGUAACCAACAACUUAUAUUAAACAGAGCAUCAUUGGAUAUAAAUGCCGUUAAGCAGUAUAAGAAUAAUGAAGUUGUCGCAGACGCUCCUAAACUAAAAGACGUGAAAAUAAACAUAACAAAAAUAUUGUGGAGAAUGCCCAUAGUCAAGGUCAGUGACAAAGAAAAAAUAAGAUUGUUGAAAGUAGUAAACAAUCAGAAACCGUUGACAUGCGCGUUUAGAUCGUGGGAGUUGUGUGAAUAUCCUUUUUUACCUCAAAACACUUCGCAUUCCUGGAAAGUGAAGACAUCUAACAAAUUAGAAAAACCUAGAUAUGUCAUAAUCGGAUUUCAAACUGGUAGGAAAAAUAGCUCGAAUAAAACAAUGUCACAUUUUGACCACUGUAAAAUUAAAAACUUGAAGGUCUAUUUAAACUCAGAAGUGUUUCCCUAUGAAGAUUUCCAAAGCGACUUUACCAGGAAUAAGUUGGCUACAUUAUACCGCGCCUAUGUAGAGUUUCAAAAAUCUUACUACGGCCAUGACGAAGUGACACCUCUACUGAACCGAUCAGAUUUCAAAAAUCUGUGUCCGAUUAUAGUUGUUGAUAUGAGCAAGCAGAACGAUAAUGUAAAAAUGUCAACUGUCGAACUAAGGAUUGAACUAGAAGCAGACGAAGCGUUUCCAGCUUCCACUUCAGCAUAUUGUUUAAUAUUACACGACCAAAUUAUAACUUACAAUCCGUUUAACGGAGAAGUAAGAACCUUGUAA